AUGCCAACUCAUUUCCACGAUGAGUCAGGCCGGACCAUCGUUCUAAGAGGUGUUAACCUUGCCGACGGGAAAUACCCCCCUGGCCAGCCCACUUACAAGCUCUCAUCACUCGACACGCAUGCCAAGAUCUCGUAUCUUGGUAGCCCACUCAGCCUUCACAAUGCACCGGCACAGCUCUCUCGCCUGCGGUACCUUGGAUUCAACGUCCUACGCCUACCGGUCGUGUGGGAGGCCCUCGAGCACGCCGGGCCAGGUGUCUACGAUGACGAGUACAUCGCACACAUAGUCUCCCUCGUGCGACUCUGCAACGAUCACAACUUCCGCGUGGUCAUCAACCCCCACCAAGACCUGUGGUCGCGCUUCGCAGGCGGCAGUGGCGCUCCCCUGUGGACUCUUCACGCCUGCGGGCUCGACCCGGACUGCUUCGCAGACACGCACGCCGCGGUGCGCUACGCGGAAUGGCCGACAGACGGCGACAACACGACCUACGGCGGCCGCGGGAAGGACAAAGACCCGCAUGCGAUCCCGGACAUGAUGUGGACAAGUAAUCACACCCGCCUGGCCGCGCUGACCUUGUUCGCGCUGUUCUUUGGGGGUAGGGAUUUCGCCCCGCGGUGUAAGCUCGACGGCGUCAAUAUACAGGACUACCUGCAGAACCACUAUUUUGCUGCAUAUGGCAGGCUCGCUGAUGCUCUGAAAGGCCUGGAGUUUGGGUGGGAUAGUAUGAAUGAACCAGAGCCCGGAUUUAUCGGGUGGAGAGAUUUGGACAAGAUGGAAAGGGAAGCGAGUGCCACGAUAGGCAGUACGCCGAGCCCUAUCCAAGCGAUGAAGUUGGGGAUGGGCAUUGAGCAGACCGUGGACAAGUUCAAAUUAGGAAAGACUGGGCCACACAAGAGCGGCACAAUGACAGUGACGCCGGGCAGACGCUGUUGGUUGCGACAUGAAGACUUGAGGUGGAAGUGGGACAGGUCCGACGAAUGGAAGCUGGGAGAGUGUAUCUGGGCACAGCACGGGGUUUGGGAUAUCGAAACCGGCCAGCUAAAGAAACCGCAGUACUUCGACCAUCCUCCACCUGGAUCGUAUGAGGAUGCCAGGAAUGUGGGUAAGCCAUUCGACUGGAAAGCAACAUACUGGAGAGCGUUCUACGAGAAAUGGAACGCGGAAAUACGAAAACACUCGCCAAAUACGAUGAUGUUCUUCCAGACGUCGGUCUUCGAUCCUCCACCACACAGCCUGCUGUCGGAUAUUACACUCCAUGGAGACUACAUGCACAUGGCAUACAGCCCUCACUUCUAUGACGCCCUAACAAUCAUGAAAGGCCAUUGGCACAAGUACUGGAACAUAGAUAUUCUAGCUCUUCUCCGCGGCCCACAAGACAUAAGCAACAAACUCAAGGCCUUGCGUGUUGGCAACACCAAGGUGCGGAAAGUCAUCUCGGAUCAGCUCGGCGAGCUCGCCAACGACGUCAACGGCGGCGCCGAAGACGAGAACAGCCAUCCUGUGCCCACGCUGAUUGGCGAAACGGGCAUCCCAUUCAACCUUGACGGCGGGAAGGCGUACAAAGACGGCGACUAUACUAGUCACGUCGCAGCAAUGGACGCAAUAAUGAGUGGAUGUGAUAAUCAUCUCCUAAACUACACCCUAUGGGCGUACAGCGCCAACAACACGCAGGAGUGGGGUGACCAAUGGAACGGCGAGGAUCUAUCCAUCUACUGCGCGGAGACUGGCUCGUUCUCAAGGCACAAGUACCUAUCAGGCUUUAGAGCUGCGGCCGCUUGGUGUCGACCGUACGUCCAGUCUCUCAGCUCUGGGACCAGGAUGCUGAAGAUGGCUUUCGACUUGAAAACUAGCAAUUUCUAUCUGGAGAUUGAUGCUGGCAGUGGAGGGGAUAUUGUGAUGUACAUUCCUUGGUUGCACUAUAGACGUUCUGAUGAAGAGGAUGAAUUGGACGUGGAGGUGGAUGCCCCCCAAGGGAUGUGGACCGCGCACAGCAAGGCCCAGCUGAUCCACUGGACACACGAGCAAGGCGGGAAGCUGAGUUUCCAAUUGAAGAGGAAAUCGGGGCCCUUGUCGUCGAAGGAACUUGGCACCAUAGUUCAUCGAUAA